AUGCGUAAAACCACUAACAUCUUCUUCCUUCCGAAUUCUCAGCUCUACAGAAUCCAGUCCUCCCGGCUCCCACUCAACACUAUCCUAAGGGCGUUGCUCUGUUUCUAUGUUAAACCACCACCGCAAUGCCCUCAGACACUUCCACCCGCCGCCGCUAUUCUCAAUCUCCUCCCUCUCUCUUUCCACCACCACCACCACAAAACCAACCCCAACUCACCCUCACUCCAAUCUCCUCACACUCACCUCCAACGCCCAAACCCUCCACCAAACCAAGCAGCUCCACGCUCUCUCUCUCCUCCACGCCCUACUCCCCCACAGCGUCUCCCUCUGCGCCUCCCUCAUGCUCACCUACGCCACCUUCGACUCCCCCGACGCCUCUCGCCGCCUCUUUAAUCAAACCGUUAAGUAUUGCCGCACCGCUUUCUUGUGGAACACGCUCAUAAGAGCCUGCUCCAUUGCUCAGGUGGACGAUCGGUUUCGGACUUACAAUCAAAUGGUUCGGAGCGGCGUGCAGCUCGAUGAUCACAGCUUUCCUUUUGUCAUCAAGGCCUGUUCGGACUCUGUGGAGGUGAAGAAGGGGAUGGAGGUUCAUGGGGUGGUGGUUAAACUAGGGUUUGAUUCGGAUGUUUACGUGGGGAACACGCUUCUUUCGUUUUAUGGUAAUUGUGGGAAACUAAGGGAUGCACGGAAGGUGUUUGAUGAAAUGAUUGAGAGAGAUGCUGUGUCGUGGAAUACGAUUAUUGGGGUGUUUUCGGUGAAUGCGGUUUAUGUUGAGGCACUGCAUUGUUAUAGGGAGAUGAAUUUGGGAAUUGGGUGUAGGCCGAAUGUUGUGAGUGUUAUUAGUGCAUUGCCGGUUUGCGCAGAGCUUGCGGAUGAGCUGAUGGCGGUUCAGAUACAUUGCUAUGUUGUGAAGUCUGGUUUGGGUACGCAGGUGACUAUUGGGAAUGCAUUGGUUGAUGUGUAUGGGAAGUGUUGGAAUGUGAAGGGGUCGAAACAGGUUUUUGAUGAGAUGAGUCAGCGGAAUGAGGUUUCUUGGAAUGCAGCUAUUACUAGUCUUUCUUAUGUGGGGAAUAACAUGGAAGCAUUGGAUACAUUUAGGUUGAUGAUUGAUGAAGGGGUUAAACCAAACUCUGUCACCAUUUCCAGCAUGUUACCAGUUUUGGUUGAACUAGAAUUAUUUGGGUUUGGUAAAGAACUCCAUGGUUUCUGUAUAAGAAUGGGUAUUGAAUCAGACGUUUUUAUUGCCAACUCAUUAAUUGAUAUGUAUGCAAAAUCAGGCCAUUCACAUGAGGCGUCCAAUGUGUUCCGAGAGAUGGAUGAAAGGAAUAUUGUUUCUUGGAAUGCCAUGAUUGCUAAUUUUGCUCAAAACAGGCUUGAGUUGGAAGCAAUUGGACUUGUGAGACGAAUGCAAGCUCAUGGUGAAGUUCCCAAUUCUGUCACCAUCACAAAUCUUCUUCCAGCUUGUGCACGGCUGGGUUCCCUUUGCCUUGGGAAAGAAAUUCAUGCAAGGACAAUUCGCAUGGGAUCUGCCUCUGAUUUGUUUGUCUCUAAUGCUCUCACAGACAUGUACGCAAAAUGUGGCUGGCUAGAUGUUGCUCGAAAUAUCUUUAACAUAUCCCUUAGGGACGAGGUGUCCUACAACACACUGAUAAUAGGUUAUUCUCAGACCACAGAUUGCUCUGAAUCUCUAAGUUUGUUUUCUGAAAUGAAGCUGGUGGGCAUGAUGCAUGACAUUGUAUCAUUUGUGGGAGUUAUAUCAGCUUGCGCAAAUCUAACUGCAGUCAAGCAAGGCAAAGAGAUUCAUGGAUCUGUAAUAAGAAAGCUUUUUGACUCUCAUCUCUUUGUUGCAAACUCACUUUUGGAUUUCUAUACCAAAUCUGGCCGAAUUGAUCUUGCUACUAAGGUCUUUGACCGCAUUUCCAACAAGGAUGUAGCCUCUUGGAAUACUAUGAUUUUGGGAUACGGAAUGCUAGGUGAGCUGGACACUGCAAUCAGUUUCUUUGAAGCAAUGAGGGAAGAUGGUGUAGAAUAUGAUUCAGUUUCAUACAUUGCAGUUUUGUCAUCUUGUAGUCAUGGGGGGUUAGUUGAGAAGGGCAAAAGAUACUUUGAGGCGAUGCUGGCACGAAAUAUUGAGCCUACACAGAAGCACUAUGCGUGCAUGGUUGAUCUCCUUGGCCGGGCUGGCCUCAUGGAAGAAGCAGUAGAACUUAUUAAAGGCAUGCCAAUUGUACCAGAUGCCAACAUUUGGGGUUCUUUACUUGGGGCAUGUCGAAUCCAUGGGAACAUAGAGUUGGCGAGUUGGGCAGCGGAGUAUCUAUUUAAGCUAAAACCUGACCAUUGUGGGUACUAUAUACUGCUUUCUAACAUGUAUGCAGAAGCAGGUAGAUGGGAAGAUGUAAAGAGGGUGAGGGAAAUGAUGAAAUCAAGGGGAUUGAAGAAAAAUCCUGCCUACAGUUGGGUUCAGAUUCGAGGCGAGGUGCAUGCUUUUGGAGUUGGAGAGAGACUGGAGAGACUGAGUUCAGAUUGCUGGCUGGUAGAGUCCUAAUACAUUUGAUACUGGAAUUAAGAUUUGCGAGAUACUGUUGAGAUUUUGAGAAGAUCAAUUUGGAACAUUCAAAAAAAAGGAGUUGAAUUCUUCUAAUGGCUAUCAGUGAAGUCGAAUGGCUACAGAUGGUUAAUUGAGCACCCAUAAGCAGGUUCAAGGCUUCGUCUCCAAGGUGGCUAAUGCAAUAGGUUUGGGAGACUAGCACUGCAUUUCAUGUCAUCAUGUGAAGUAAGCAUGUAUAGUAUAAAACUAUGAACUUUAUUUCAGAUCGUCAAAUGUUGCAUGCCAUCUUCUCUUCUUUACAGAUGGGGUUGCCAUAUUUUUCUUUUAGUUUCAUCUUCCUGCUGCAGGACAUCCAAGCUUCUUAGCACAAUGCAGUUGGAGCCAAUUCAUCAGCUAACUAGAUAGUGGCAAUUGUGAUGUUCUCAUGGUAAUUCAUUUAAUGUUGUUUUAUUAUGUUAUUUAUUUAUUUAUUUUAGAAGGCCUUUUUAAAUGAGGGAUGAACCUAAGAACAUAAGAUGAAAUGAUAUCUUACAAUAAUCGGUAAAUUAAUUUAGUGAUAGAAAAGAGACAUUAAUUUGCUGGUAUGCGAUAUGUUAUGUCAUUAAAAAAAUUAAUAAAUGACAAUAAUUAUAGUAAAAUCCAAUUAAUAAUUAUUAUACGGGCAAGAAUACACAAUAAUCCGUCGAAUUUGUAAAAAAAGUUAUGACUGAAUCACGAUUCUUUUAUUUUUAGAGUAAAAGAAGAGUAAGAAUGACACAGUUGUCGCUCGUAUUUUCCAAUGGCCCCAACACUUGGCGCCCAAAUGAAGAAUUUCCCGCCCUAUUCGUCUGCAUGCUUGUUUGACAACCAAUAUAAAUAGUGGCAAUUAGGGACAGAGAGAGAGUCCGUCCUGUCAUUAGGAAAGAAAUGGGAAUUAUGAAAAGUGGGAUCUGCAGCAGCUGAUGCAGCCGCCCUCUUGGCACCAAAGGUGCCAAGAGGACCAAACCACUCCUCUUCCUCAGGAUAUUCAUCGUGAAGGAGAAUCCCAAAAGGCAGCAGCAGCAGAAGCAGCCAAUCUCUUGGAGACCACAGGCCCAGUGGGAUCAAACCAAGUGGUACUUUGAAGAUUUGUUUAGAACUUAGAGAGGAAGAGAAUGAACUGAAAAUAGCUGGAUUAUCAAUUGUUGAAGCUGAGGAAAAUGAGGAUGCAAAGUUUGCAAGACUAUUGAAAGAAGAACACUGGAAGUCAAUGAAAAAAAAAAAAGAAGUCGGGUUCGUUAUGCUUCAUUAUCGGUAUCUCCACAUCUCAGAAUCAAGGAGUUCGUCUUCUUGCUAUCUGGGCGCUUUCAAACUCAACCAUCCCGAGGCAUUGGUGUUUAUCAACAACUGCAAUGUAAUCAAUCUCAAGGGCUGUGAUGGAGAAAUGCAGAGAUGCCGAUGAUUGCAUCUCAACUACUGAUGCUGCUGAAUCAGCCGCAUCACUUGACGAGAAGGUGAAGAAUGAUUUGCCACUUCCAGGGCAAGUAGAUUUCAUUAAUGGAGGGCAUCCCCAACAUUUUUGUUUAUGUAAUGAAUAGAUUCAACACCAGCACUUGCAUUGAGUUCAGUAUAAAAUGAUUGUGGCAUUCUUAUCGAGGUAGGGUAUUUGAACUUGGACCUCUACCACCAUUCUAUUGGAGAGUAACGCCUUACAGUGGUAAAGCAUUUCUCUCCAAUAGAAUGCUAGUAGCGGUCAAGUGUUUCCCACUUCGAAAUUCACAAGUGUUUGUAUACAUUUCCAUACCUUUAGUUAAUCUAUAAACCAAAUUAAGGCUUCAAUA